AUGUCUGGCGAACCCGAACCAAGGCGCUCAGUGCGCGCGACAAAGGGCCAGCACACAAAGUCCUUUGACGAACUCGAGCAGCCCAUUGUCCCGAAACGACGCCAAACAAAGAAGUCGAGGAAGGCACAGGACGAGGCAGAGCAGUCCCAAGAGCCCGAGGAGAUCAUCCGGUGCGUCUGCGGCGCUACAGAGCAGGACGAGGACUCAGGCGAGGCCUGGAUCUCGUGUGAGACAUGCUACGCCUGGCAGCAUAAUGUUUGCGUUGGUGUGAGCUCAUACGAAGAUGAGAUCCCAGAGUACUACUGGUGCGAGCAGUGCCGCCCACAGGACCACAAAGAGCUACUGGACGGCAUUGCCAAGGGAGAGGAGCCAUGGAUUGCUCGGCGCAAGGCUCACGAGGAAGAGGUGGCAAGUAGAAAGAGGAGGGGCGGCAGGAAACCCAAAGCUAAGCGUACAAGUGAUCCCAAAGACGAGGUUGAAAAAGAUGGCCGUGGGAAGGCCAAGGCGUCGCCAGCCCCGGACGCUUCAGCGAAAGACAGACGGGAGUCUGGUGGUCGGCCAGGCAAACGAAAGUCGCGAGACGACUCUCAGGACGGCGACUCCAAGAACUCCAAGUUGCGACGCGUUUCCGCAAAUGACUCAAAUGCCAGCGGCGUCCAAUAUACGCCACCUGUUGAUCUUGCCACAUCUAUAUCCGACUUGCCAACCGCCAGGGCGGGCCCCGCAAAGGCCCUUAGGAAGUCAAUCUUGCACGUACUGUCAUCAAUGGAGAAGAAUAAUUCCCUGAAAGUUCCCAAAGAUAGCACGGCGGAUAGCAUGGCGGAGACAUAUGCCCUCCAGAUCGAGCGAGCUGUCUUUGACACUCACCCAGCCACCAAGGGCCAAAAGGAGUACACUCAGCAGAUAAAGUCGCUGUCGUUCAACCUGAAGAACAACCCGGAACUAGUUGAUGGGUUAGUUCACAAGGCCCAUUCUCCGGCUGGGCUGGCCGUCAUGACUUCGGAACAGCUUGCGUCUGCAGAAAUGCAAAAACAAACCGCAGAAAUGAAGGCGCGGGCAGAGAAGCAGUCUAUCCUGUAUACCGGAGAUACGGGCCCGCGCGUUCGCAGGACGCACAAAGGCGAGGAAGUUGUCGAGGACGAUAGUAUGCCGAAUACGAGCGAGCUCCCGAUACCUCGUGGAGGUGGCGCUCGACGCGGUGCCAACACCGACGCCAGCCAAACAAUAAAGCGCGAGUCGAUGAGCACUGACUACGACAUGGCCCAAUCACCCAAGCAACACGAAGAUCAGCGCUCUCCCAGCCAGUCCAAGUUUGACAUCUCAGAAGUCUUUUCUCAAGUCAAGUCACCGACUCAAGCACACCGUCGCCGGCCAUCCGCGCCAGUCCUCAACACGUCCGGCCCCGGUUUCGACCCGGACGUCGACCGGAUGCUAGAAGACGAGAAUGACUCGCCCCCUUAUUCGCCUACUGAAGACUCAGCCGACCCUGACAUUGUCUGGAGAGGGUCCCUGGCCAUGAGUUCGAUUGCUGACUUCCACGCGACCGGAAAACACGUUGGCGGCGCCAACUUUGCCAACUUGGGACACUGGUCCAAGCUCAUUCCAAAGCGCAUGGCAGUAGCUGGCCGAAUUACGGAGCAGAGUGCCAUUGAAUAUCUAUGCAGUCUUCGUUAUAGCAGCCUGACAGAUAUUGUGGUCGUCGGGUUGGCUCCCACCUCUCCAGAAGCGCAGCCUGAAUACAACGCGUUGGUGGACUACUUUGUCAGCAAGAAGCGAUACGGCGUUGUCGGAAACAAGGUCGCAGGUAAUGUUCGCGAUACAUAUCUCGUGCCUGUUCCUCCUGGGGAGAAUAACCAUCCAGAGUUCAUGUUGAACCUUGUGGAUAACUUUAUUCCCAAGACACGAACCGAACCCAUGCUACUGGCAGUCUUUGUGUACCGAAACGAUCCUUCCGAGACUAUCCAGCCAAAGAAUGAAUCUGCAGCCUCUCCCUUGACGCCUGCAGUAGCCACCGCGCUGAACACUGCGGUCCCUGCGCAGCGAAGCAACUCUAUACCCGGCCCUGCAUUCUCCCCCGCCACGCCGCAAGGUAGCUUUGCCGGCUCUCCGUCCAACGGAAACACACCAGGACACUUCGCAACACCGAUUCCGUCGCAUCUUGCGCAAGGGCACAUGCCGCCGGCACCAACGCCGCCGAACGCCUCGAACCUGACCAGCCCCCCGCCACCAUUUGCUCAAAUGACAGAGGCCCAAAAGGUCCAAGCACAGCAGGCCGGCCAGCACGUUGCCCAAGAGGUCUUGGGCGCCUUUGUCAAGGUCCCUACCGUUCAGUUCCUCCUUCCUCAAGCGCACCAGAUGUCUCGCCGCGAGUGGGAGAUUAUCAAGUUCAUCUACGAGCGGGAGCCCAAAGCGCAAGAAGAUCUCCAAUACCUGAGCGUGCAGUUGGAGAAGCACGGAGGGCCAAAGAAUCCGUAA